AAUUGAAACAAUGUAGCCAAUUGAACUAGCAACUAGCUAGUUGAAAUCCGAAAGCUCAUAAUAACAUUAUUAUUGCACAAGUAUCUUUGCUGCAAUGCGUCCAUCGCGAUCGACUUUGCCACACUUUGAUAUCGUGCUACCCAGAUCUUGGUACUUUGGAGCUGCUUCUAGUCUACUGUAUUGCCUUCAAGUUGUCUUUUCUCUGAAUGUACAAUGAGCUCCUCUGAUUUUGAGUACCCCGAAUUCUAUUCCUUCCCUCCCUUCUUCACCAUUCAACCCGUGCUAUCGACCCGCGAAAAGCAAAUGGCAUUAUGGCAAGAACUCAUUUUGCGUUAUCACACCGAAAAGAAAAUCAAAACGCUGGUGGUCCAUGAUUGUCCACUGUGGAAAAAUGAGUCAAUUGGACGACAGCUGUCCCCGGAAGAUAUUGGUGUUGUCAUGACGGAGUUUUGCAAGAGUGGUCAUGGCGAAUGGCAAGACGACAACGAGACGCGAUGUCGCAUUUUGUGGAGAAAACCGGAACAAUUGGCCACCGAUAUCUACCAGUGGGCCGAGGCCAAUCAAAUGAUCAAUAACGUGUGUACGGUCUAUGAAUUACACAGUGGAGAGGACGUGAAUGGAAUGUCAUUUCAGGGUGCUGACGAAGAAUUGUUACGACGAGCCUUGAGCAUUCUGGAAGAUCAAGGCAAGGCCGCCAUUUUCAAAGGAGAUACCUCCGAAGAGGAUGGUAUCAAGUUCUUUUGAUGGGCGAAAUCGCAUUUCAUCAGACAGCAAUCAACAUUAUUCUAAACAAAAAACUAACAAUUUGCUGGUUGCAGCGACUGGGCGAGAUUAUACCAAGUUGAAAAUAUGGGUAUGGAAGACCAACGAGUCGUUGGCAAGCUAGAUCCUUCAUUGCAGAGCUAGCAUCGACGACUUGGAUAGGGUACACAACACAAGGCAGACUCAGAUGGAAUUCAAUUAUUACCCUUUCUACCCCAACAAUCCUGGCUAGCUACGGUAGCCAGCACCCCCGCACGUUGCUCUGAUCUGCUACUCGAAAUAGACUUACGGUAGAACCUCUCGUCUUGCCAAUCCCCU